AGGUGCUGUGUGUUGUGUUGGGUUGAUUAUAGAUUACACCACACCGUGCACGGGCUCAUUUGACUGGGCAUAGUACUGUAUUAGAGAUAAAAAUGAAAUAAAUACUGUUCGGUUUCUCGCACAAACCGAUCGUUUCGUUUCUUAUUAUAUCAAUGUGUCGUCACGAGCGGCAGGGUUUAAUUUGGAUUUGUCUGAGCAUGUUUUUUUUACUGUUAAGAUUUUGUUACCAUCCACAUGCAUACAACUGACAGACUGAAACUGGUUGGAGUUAAAAAUCAACAUUUGUGUUGUACUGAAGAAACAAAAUCACAUACAUCUUGGAUGGCCAUGGGGUAAGCUGAUAAACAUAAAAAAAUAAUUUUAAUAUGAAUCUCAUACGUUGAGUUAAUCUGGGUGCUCGGCUCAGACCGUUUUGCCAGUACGAAGCCGAUUUCAACGGUAACUGCAGAAAGCGUCAGAGGCACGGUCAGCUCAUCACUGAAGGGGCGUGUGCACAGCGGAUGAGAUAAAACUCAACGCCCGAAGGGCUCCGUACCUUUUCGAUCCUACGCCAUCCAUUGAACUUGAGGUAAUCUAGCUUUUGCCGUUUUAAAAAUAAACACUGCUCUUAGAAUGUAUCAUAUCGUGGAGUUUGUCAAUUCAAAGGAGGUUGAAGUUGUCCACUCUAAUUGGCUGGAAGGAGGUGAAAGUUUCUGGCCCCCUUUUGUAUCUCUUGCAAAGCUCCGUAGGGCAACUAAAGAUGGGGUGAUGCCAGGUGCUGACUGGACUCGAUUCAGAGUCCGUGUGAUGUAUUCACAUGACGUGUAUGAGAUUGCCUGUGCAAAGCUGCUAGAGGCAACAAUUACCUCUGAUCUAAAUACUGAAGAUGAGGACAACAGGCCAGAGUACAUGAAGAGAAAGAAUAGAGGAUGUAAAAGAAUUGUAAGCAGCAGUGAAGAGGAGGAAGAGGAGCAGGGAAGGACCGCUGCACUUCGUGCCCCAACCAAAAAGAAAACUUACACACAACUUGCACCAGCCCCCUGCAUCCCAUCUCUUGGUGCUCUAGGUGAAUGUAGUCAGCCAGCUGCUCAAGGUUUUUGGUCCCCAGGCCAUAUUUCUGAGACCCCUUCUGAUGCAAACAACUCGUCAGCAAGUCCAUGGGCUUCUCACCUUUCAGCGAACAUCACAGCGCCUAGUCCACCACAGUGGUCUCCAGUCUCCACUACCAACAGCCUGAGUGCUACGCCUACUGACACCCCAACACAUGCAGCAGCUAGCAGAAGUCAGUCAUCAGACCAAACUGGAUUUCAAACCACACAACCCAUACAUGGCACACAAAACCAGUCUUGUGAGGAGGCUGUGCCCACAGGUAGAAAUUCUGUAGGUCCGCAGGCUUCUCCCCUUUCAGCGAACAUCACAGCGCUUAGUCCACCACCGUGGUCUCCAGUCUCCACUACCAACAGCCUGAGUGCUACGCCUACUGACACCACAACACAUGCUGCAGCUGGCAGAAGUCAGACAUCAGGCCAAACUGGAUUUCAACACAUCCCACCCUUACAUGGCAUACAAAACCGGUCUUGUGAGGGGGCUAUGCCCACAGGUAGGAUUUCUGUAGGUCCUUGGGCUUCUCCCCUUUCAGCGAACAUCACAGUGCCUAGUCCACCACCGUGGUCUCCAGUCUCCUCUAUCAACAGCCUGAGGGCUACACCUACUGACACCUCAACACAUGCAGCAGCUGGCAGAAGUCAGACAUCAAGCCAAACUGGAUUUCAACACACACCACAAGUAUAUGACACACAACACAGGUCUUCUCGGGAGGGUGUGCCUACAGCAAUUGCUAAGGAGAUCCUCAUCCAGCUCGAUUCUAUUAGAGAGCAGCAGUUGCUCAUCCUGGUGCAGCUCCAAAAAAUCUCCAGCAGUCAAGCAGUUCCAGACUUCACGCCAGACCCAACACAUUUUGGGCUCCCACUUUCAACUAUUGAAGAGUUACAAUGUUUGGAGGAGACAUUAAAGAAUCCAGAGGAAAAGAAGAAUUUGACUGUUCUUCUUGGAAUGGUCGGAGGUAUGACUCUAAAAGACACCGUGGGGCGGGUCCUGAAAAGGACAAUGAACUCUUCGCUGGCGAGACUCAUUAAUUGGAGUGGGGCCAACCGAAAGCCUGCAUUCAAAGGACUUACUUUGAAAAGUGUGGUUCUUGAUGCAGUUCGCUGGAAUGCCCUGACCAAAGACGAUACAGAAAAUAGAUAGAGCUCCUCAUCACCAGGUGGCUGCAGCUAGCAUCUGAUAGGGAUGGUGGCCGAAGCCAGAGGGCGAAUAGACAGACAACGAAUUAAACUGUUUUAAAGUAAAAAAUGUUGAUAUUGGAAAAUUUGUAUUUGAACUGAUUGAUUUUUGCGUGUGUGUGUGUGUGUGUGUGUGUGUGUGUGUGAGAGAGAGAGAGAGAAUGUGUGUUCAAGUAAAUAAUAGCAUCUGACAGGGAUGAUGGCCAAAGCCAGAGGGCGAAUAAACAACGAAUUAAACUGUUUUAAAGUUAAAAAUGUUGAUAUUGGAAAAUUUGUAUUUGAACUGAUUGAUUUUUGUGCGCGUGUGUGUGAGAGAGAGAGAGAGAGAAUGUGUGUUCAAGUAAAUAAUAGCAUCUGACAGGGAUGAUGGCCAAAGCCAGAGGGCGAAUAGACAACGAAUUAAACCGUUUUAAAGUUAAAAAUGUUGAUAUUGGAAAAUUUGUAUUUGAACUGAUUGAUUUUUGUGUGCGUGUGUGAGAGAGAGAGAGAGAGAGAAUGAGAGCGAGAAUGAAUGAGAGGGAGAGAGAGAGAAAAUGUGUGUUCAAGUAAAUAAAAAAUGCAUUAAACAUGAAACCCUUGUGCUACUUUGUGUGUUUUAUUUUCUGUUGUUGCAUAACGGUUGCUUAGCAAUUUUAGUAUUAAUAAAAAUUAAUCAAUAAGAUCAAAGUUUAAACAAGCCCAAAUAAGGAACGGGAUUGGGGGGAGCUUACGUUCUCUCACUCGGGGUUCCGCAAUCGGGCCGCGUUAAAACCGAGUGCUCGGCCGUGUGUUCGGGGCGCAAUGAUAAUGGCAGGAAGUGCAAACUCGCAGUCAUGGGUUGGUGGCUCUUUAUGAUAUUAACAAUAUUGCAAUGGAACUCCAGAAGCCUUAUAGCAAAUGGACAGGAAUUCAAGAGUUUUGUCUCAGAUUUAGCGGAUAAACCUCAAGUAAUAUGUGUGCAAGAGACAUGGUUAAAACCACAGUUGGAUUUUGUAUUGUAUGGAUAUAAUUCAAUUAGGAGAGAUAGAGAAACAGGUAAAGGUGGAGGAGUAGCAACUUUUGUUAAAAGUGGGGUAAGAUAUAAACUUAUUAAUAAAGGGAAAGAAAAGGAAUCUGUUGUAAUUGAAGUAUGGUCAGGGGAAAAUAGUAUUAAAAUAGUUAAUUUUUACAACCCGUGCAAUAGAUUAAGUGAUGGAAUGUUGGAAAUAGUGUGUGGAUCACUGCAGGGCAAGAUAGUGAUAUGCGGAGAUUUUAAUGCACACAGUACGUUAUGGGGAAGUAAAAACACAGAUAUAAAUGGAUUAGCAAUAGAGAAAUUUAUAGAUGAUAAGGAGCUAGUGUGUAUAAAUGAUGGAAAGGGCACGCGGUAUAAUAGUUCAAGUAACACAGAAAGUGCCAUUGAUUUAACACUGGUUUCAAUUGGAAUUGCAGGAAUUAGUGUAUGGGAAGUAAUGAGUAAAUCAACAGUGGGUAGUGAUCACUAUCCAAUAAUGACUAGAAUAGGCAUAGAGAUACACCAAGAUGGGGAAGCGAAAAUACCAAGGUGGAAAUUAGAUAAAGCUGAUUGGGAGACUUUUCAAGAAAUUAGUGGGAAUAAGUGUGUAGAAAUAAUGAAUAGAGAUAUAACAGAUGUGGAUGAAUUGAACAAUGAA